AAUCAUUGUAAUUAUUUCUUAUUUCAGAAGAAUUCAUGGCCGUUUUAAACCUUCCAGGGGCCCUGAGGCUGGAAGGAAACAAGAAACGAUGUCCUGGUGUUGUGAAUUCAUCGUGUAUGGCUUUUUUGAUGUAUCGUUCAGAUCCAUAAGGGAAGUUUUGAAGUACCUGGACGGCCCUAAAUUUUGUGAUCCUUGGCAGGAAUAUUGGCAACUUACAAUUGCUUAUGAAAUCAGUUCCCUCAUACCUUACAACCCAUUUUCAGUCUUUGAGUUUGGCAAGCGAGAGAUCAUGUUACUACAAUUGCUUUGGUUUUAUAAACAAAAGUGGCGUAAUGCCUCAGCUUCAUUGGAUGCAGUACGAUUGGUUUGGAACUCUGUCCCUGACAGAUUUUUAAAUAUAGAUGAAAUGACGACCUUUUUUGAAAAGAUUGGACUCGCAUCAAAUAAAAUAAAAGAAGUAUACAACUUCUACUCACAAGCUAUUGAUAAAUUGGAUUACCCCCUGGAACCUCGGUCACUGCAGCAUUAUAGCAGAAUUACAGUACGUAGGAUCCUCUAUGAAAAUAAUCAAUGGCUUCCAGAAGGCAUUAAGAAGAUUGGUCUGCCCCCAAAAUUGCAACGCUAUUUAAAUCUGGAUAUGUAA